AUGGAGACUGGCCCCAACUUUGCGAAUGCGGGAAUUCCCACUAUCAAGAUCGACUCCAAGGCUAUUGGAAACGCCGAUCCCACUGCUACCAACGCGAGCCCUACUGCUGCCAAUAUGAGUUCUGAUGAAAUCGAUUCGGAGGACUCCGAGUACGAGCCUCCCCAACCCGACACAACCUACAGCUGCGCCGAAAAGCAAGCCCGCAGCGCUGCAGCAGUCGAGAUAUUCCGCCAUAUUCACGCUCUACAGACUCAGAUAGUCGCAGUCCCCAUGGCACCAUUGCGGUUCGCUAUCAACGCCAACACCGACUUCCAGAUCUGGCAGUUGUCCAUCGUCCUUCUCCUGCUCCAGCAUGGAGUCUACGGAGCCAUCGACCCGGACUUCCACCCUCUGAGACCUGACCAUGAGCUCUACUCAUGGUAUGUGCUCAUGGUCGACAUCGCUUGUGCUUUGAUUUGGAACAACCUCUCCGCGGAGCUCAAGGCAAACCGCUGGAUCCGCUUCCUCAUCUUCCAAAAGAUGCUGGUCAAGCUCAUGCAGUCUCUCACGCUCUCUUUUGGCGAAGGCUGCGAAUUCAAGGAUAUCAAUACCGUGAUCGGUGAUAUCAAUAUCCGCGGUACUUAG